AUCACUCAAUGAUAGAUAAUGCAAUGUUAUAUACAUUUUAAUCACUUGCUUAUAAAAUGCAAAGCCUCAUGUUAGGUUAGGCUAAAAAUCUACUUUGGUAAGUGCUGGUGUUUGGUGUCGAUCAUUAUAAUACUUCAAUUUAAAUUAGGUAAAAUUGGAAACACAAUGUACUUACCAGUUUUUCUAACUUUAAUUUUAUGUUUUGUGGCAAAACUAACCAUUUGUAAUGAAAGACCAGUGAUUGGAGUACUAACACAGGAAAUUUAUUGGUCUAUAAGUUUCAAAAAAUUAUUGCCAUCAUAUAAAUCGUAUAUAGCUGCAUCUUAUGUUAAAUCAAUUGAAGCUUCUGGAGGACGAGUUAUACCAGUUUUCACAAACAGGACUACUGAAUAUUAUAAGGAUGUAGUGAACAAAGUAAAUGGAAUUUUGGUUCCUGGAGGAGGAUGUGCGUUUAAUAUUAGUUUCGGAAUCAGUCAAUCAACCAGUGAAGUUUUUCAGAUUGCCAAACGUAUUAAUGAUGACGGAGAUCGAUUUCCAAUACUUGGAAUUUGUCUAGGAUUUGAACUUCUUCUUAUCGCAUCCAUUGGCGGUAAAAACCCUCUGGCACGAUGUAAUUCGAACGACGUCAAUUUACCACUCAAUUUAAUAUCGACAAUGGAAGAAAAAAGUGUGUUAUUCAAAACAAUGCCAAAAGAUGUUCGAAACAUAUUACUCACAGAACCAGUCACAGCAAAUCAUCAUAAUCAUUGUGUAACACAAAAGAACUUUACGUCAAUGAAGUUGGAUGACUUUUGGAAUCCUAUAACAAUAAAUAAAGAUGAAAAUAAUUUGACAUUCAUAUCCACAGUAGAAGCUAAAAAUUAUCCAUUUGUGGGAUUACAAUUCCAUCCGGAAAAAAAUGCUUAUGAAUGGGAAAGAAAUGACCCUCAUAGUUGGUCAGCAAUAUAUUCAGCACGCUAUUUUUAUGAUUGGUUUCUAAAUGAAUGUCGUCAAAAUAAGCAUAGAUAUAUCAAUCAAAGUACUCUUGAAAAUGAAUUAAUUUAUAAUUACCCUACUACAUACUCGGGGAAAUUAAAUUCUUCUUUCGAACAAGUAUACUUAUUUGGUGAAUAAAAGUAUCAUUAUAUUUUGUUUGUUAUAAAUUUAUAUUAUUGAAAAAUAGUGAAAAUUUAA